AUGGCAGUUGCCGGCGGUCCCGCCGGCUACGUCCACGCCCCCAUUCAUGAGUCGUUAACGCUGUCGGCCCUCUUAAGUGUCCCAGGCAGUAGUGUUACACUAGGCACCAGACUAGAGUCUGCCAGCAAUGCAGAUUGGGAGUACAUCCGUGGCGUUGUGUGGAACGACGACCCUGCCGGCUCGCUGUUCCGCGACAGUCCGGGUUCCAAUCAUACGUACGCCCUCGGUGUGGAAUGGUACCCUCAAUAUAAACGAGGGGCAGCGGAUUGGAACCCUGCCCAGCUGUCGGGUGAGCGCUUCUACAACGUUGUCGGCCGCUCGCAUUAUGGCGACAUGCAAUUCCUACACUGCAUGGCGUCUGUUGCCGGUGAGCAGCCGGGCGAUACGAAGCGCAAGGUCAUGACGUGGAUGGAAGUCAUGUAUAAGUUGUCAAGUGGUGAGGAUCCCCAAAUUACGCCAGGCGCGCUCGUCGAAGACACUAAGCUGGGAGAUCUGCUCGACACCCCACCCGACUUUCCUGGCGGUUCUGUGCCGCCCCGAUUCCAGCCACUGAGCUACAUGUUAGCGCCUGGGUCCAAAUUCUUGGCUCUGGACAUCCAGAAACGAGCGCUCGGCAGCAUUUUCCACGUCAUUCAGGAUUCAUAUGCGGUUGGGCACACGCAGAGAGUUCCGCUAAACGAAGCGGACCAGGCAAGCAAAGGCUACCGCGAUGCUGCGGACAUGUGUAUCAAGCUUGCUACCCUGAGGUUCACAGGCACUAGCUGGAGUGGUCCUGAGGGUGUCGAGGAGUUUCUCGACCGAAAUGUCUUUGAUCUUGACCAUAAUGCGACACCUGCGAAUGACCGUGUUACUGCAUUUGUCAUGGCUCCGUUCGUAGUGAAUGGGAACGUGAUAGCGCCGGAAAAUGUACCUUCCCAUGUGCCGCGCAUGGCCUCGAAGACAAACUUCAUUCUGGUCCAAUCGAGAGGACCACUGACUCCAGCCCAGAAGGAGGAUCUCGCUAGGUCUGGUGCGCACCUUCUGGAGUAUCUGGGUAAUUACACAUAUCUGUGCCGAUACGAGCCACAUGACCUGCAGCCUCUACGAGACAAGCACUACAUUCUGAACGUCAGCAUAUAUCUCCGCGAGCUGAAAAGCACCACUGCCCUUAAGCAAGCCGUGCGAACCGAGACGGACAAAGAAGACUAUGAGGUCGACUGUAUUCUCCAUGAAGCACCCGGUAUCGUCCCUCUUGAGCUUGCACCGCAAGUCGCCAAGGCAGCCAGAGUAGGGGAAGACAACCUCGAGAUAAGCGCGAACAAGAUUCGGCUUGUCAUAAACCAGAAAAUGCUGCCUGCUCCGGCCAAGCUCGACUUCGUCAAUCGGAUUGAAGAGGUCCACGGGGAUGAUGUUUCCAACGACAUGGCUCGCGGCGCUCUGUUCAUGGCCGGAGAGGGCGGGGUAGAUUUGUUAUCGUCAAAAUACGAGGGUAACGGGCAGAUCAUCUGUGUUGCCGAUACAGGUAUCGAUCUGGGCACUCGUGGAGAGAACCCACCCGAUUUGACUCGGCACCCUGCAUUCAAGGAUCGCGUCAUAAAGAUAGAGACGGUCUGGGAAGGGGACGACGGGUUUGACACCCACGGCCACGGCACUCAUGUUUGCGCCUCUAUCUGCGGGAGUGGUGUCUUCCAAGAUCCGAAGAACAGCGACAUCGCAAUCCAGGGUACUGCCCCCGCCUCAAAGAUCGUGGUGCAGUCAAUCAGCAGACCUUAUCCCAGCAAUCCGACACUCAAGAGUCUUCGAAUUCCCUCUGACCUCUCGGACAAGUUGUUUCAGAAGGCCUAUGACGCAGGGAUUCGUAUUCACAGCAACUCCUGGGGCAAGCCGUGGACAGACGAGGGCGGACAGUUUGACUACGAGGAUCAAGCCACUCAAAUUGACCGUUUUGUUUACGGGGUCCCUCUUUCCAAAGUGCCCCCGGAUCACGUCCACUCUGGCGCGGCCAACCAGACGCCAGCAUCGCACCACGAGGACUUCGUGAUUCUGAUCGCGGCCGCCAACAACGGUGACAAGCCAAGCGACCGGGGCCGGUGGCCCAGCCAGAUUGGCGCCGCGGCGGCCGCGAAGAACGCCAUCACGGUGGGAGCGUGUGGUUCAAACAGGCCAAAUGACACCUUCGCGUUUGUACAGGGCGUGGGUGCCAAGGCCGUCACAGGCAUCAACGACACAGCAGUCUUCAGCAGCCGUGGACCGACAAAAGCUCCUACAAACGGCAGCGGAGUCGCCAGGGGUCGGAUCAAGCCAGAUGUCGUUGCACCAGGGGUGGCGAUUCUGUCCGCAGCAUCUCGCGCACUCGCGCCGGGGAAUCGAUCGCGCGAGCUCAAUGGCGUGUCAGUCGACAAUGAUUGGAUUUUCAAAUCUGGUACUAGCAUGUCUACACCACUCGUUGCUGGCUGUGUUGCUCUCCUGCGAGAGGCGCUGGAAGACCUCUAUGGCAACAAGUCCCCGAGCUCCGCCCUGAUCAAGGCACUUCUCGUGAACGGUGCGGUCAACUUCUCGGGUAAGCUCGGACCUGGGUUUGGCUAUGACUACGAGCAAGGAUUUGGCCGUGUCAUUGUCGACAGCUCGAUUGCCAUGAUCAGAAACGGCACUUUUGUGGAUGGCAGAGGAGCCAGGGGUGGCGACAGUUGCAGCGGAAGUACCCGGUUCGACGUUCCCGGGCUGGUCCAGACCGGCUCCGGUUCUGAGCGACGAUAUGAAAGCGGCGACCUCGCGAUCCCCGCCGGCAUUGGGCGGUGUCGGCUCGUCGCCACCCUCGCUUAUCCAGACCCGGCGGGAGCAGCGCUACAAAAUUCGAUGAAUCUCAUUGUCAUCUCAGGGGAAAGCUUUCGCCACGGCAACAUGGGCCGGCACGGCGGUGACGGGUUUGACAAUAUUAACAAUGUCGAGAAAGUGCUGUGGGAUAAUUUACCCGGCCCAACUUUCAAGGUCAUUGUCGAGAUCGCUAACAACUGGGAGCCACACCUUCCUGCGUCAUUUGCGGUCGCCUGGGAUCUUCGUGAAAUGGCGAAGCUGUAG